UACAGUAAACGGAAGUGAAAGGUGCUGCUAUCGGGUGUUCUGCUCUGAACGCAGCAUUUUAACGGCUACAAGUUAACUGUUCGCUCGUGACAGCAUCACACCGCAGCCAUGGUAGCCAUGGCCAAAAGGGUUAAAACCUUCCAGAUUACUUUUGCGGAUUCAGGCAAGUCUUUUUACUGCGGCGGGGAGAGGCUGUGUGGCCGCAUAGAGGUGGAGGUGAGCGAGGUGACCCGGGUGUCUGCCAUGAAGGUGCUGGCGCUGGGCUGCGCUAAGGUGGAGUACGCUAAGGGCAAGCAGCGGUGCCGCCAGGAGGCGGAGUACCUCCGCCAUGAGGAGCUGCUCCAGCUCACCGAGCAGCCUACAGACUCGGACGGAUCCGUUGUCUUACGACCUGGUAACAAAUACGAGUACAAGUUUGGAAUUGAUCUUCCUCAGCAAGGGCAGCUGGUGUCUUCAUACAAGGGGAAGUUCGGUUAUGUUCACUAUUAUGUGAAGGCCCUGAUGGAGAGGCCACAGCAGCCCACCCUGGAGUGCAAGAAGUGCUUCGAGGUGGAGGAACCUCUGGAUGUCAACACACCUGACCUGCUGUCCCCUGCAGGCGGCACUAAGGAGAAGAAGGUCACCAUCAUGUUCAUCCCUGACGGCCAGGUGUCGCUGAAUGCAAAAAUCGACCGGCGUGGAUUCUGCGAAGGCGAAGACAUCUGUAUCAAUGCAAAGUUUGAGAACACUUGCUCCCGGAUCGUGGUACCCAAGGCUGCCAUCAUUGCCAAACACAUCUACCAGGCCAACGGCCGCACCAAAGUCUUCCGACAGAAGCUGUCCGCCGUGCGUGGGAACCACAUCAUCUCAGGCAUGUGCGAUGCCUGGCAGGGAAAGACCAUCAGAGUGCCAAAGAUCAAACCAUCCAUUCUCGGCUGCAACAUCAUUCGUGUGGAGUAUGCGCUCAUGAUUUAUGUCCACAUUCCUGGUAGUGAGAAGCUGAUCCUGGAGCUGCCUCUGGUUAUCGGGACCGCUGGUCUCGGUAGCCGUAGCAGCAGCGUUAGUAGCCAAGAGGGUUCAUUCAGCAACGCGUCUCAGAGUUGGGUGUCCCUCAGGAUGUCCUCUCAGCCUCCCAGCUACUGUGACAUCACCAAAGACUGCCGCCUUGACCAGCCCCUCACGCCGCUGCUGGACGACGUCGACUGCGAUGACAGUCCCAUCUUCAUGACCUCGUCGGCCUUCCAGUUCCCGUCGCCUCCGGCAUAUUCCGAGGCGGAUGAGGAGUGCAACGGGAAUCCACGCAUGCUGCCUGUCUGCUGAAGCUCAUCUAUGGGAAUUCUAGAGCUUUAUUAAAGCUCUCAUGGACUCUUCUUGUAAGGCACU